UUUAUGACAAAUUAUUACUCCCGAUCUAAACGUCAACGAGAGGCAUCAUGUUAUGUCAAAAUAUGAAGAUUUUGUUAUCAUGAGAACUUAUGUAUUUUUGAUAACAUUUGGUUUUAUACAAUUAGUUUUCUGCAACCACGACAUCAAUGUUACUGACUAUGAAUCAUUCUCUGUUUGUCCUGUUAAAUUUUUCCGCCGAAAAAGGUCAUUCACAGAAUACACGCGAUGGCGCGCAAACCAAGAAACUACAAAUGAGUUUCUAGUGAAGGUGUUAGAUGAAGAUUUAACAACUGCAGCUCAAACGCACCAAAUAGUGGCCGUAAACAUACAACCUGUGACGAAAGGAGGUGAGAAGAUUAUCAUAGGUGGUGCGAAAGUUCUUCCACCUACUACGUCGCAAGCUACUAAUGAUGCGUUAAAGGAUUACACAAGAUUUGUGCCUCCAACAUCACCGGCUAUGGCACGUGAUGGAGAUAAUUUCAUUCCCCCAAUACCUCCGCCAAAUCAACCACAUGCGCUCUUGCCGUCAAAUGUCAUCUAUCCUGUUCGGAAUUCACUUCGUGACGAUAGUCCACCUGCCAGCCCUCAGUUUCUAGCACGGACUCCAACGUUGAUGGCACGACAGUAUGCGCCAAUAGCUCCUGUCGCAUUCAGUCGUCGUACUACUACAGCGCCUUUAAAACCACCAAUUUUAAGCGAUUAUGAUCAAGAUUCCCAAUCACCCCUUGUAUCUCCUACACGAACCGAGGCGUAUGAAGAAGUAACAGUCCCACGACGAAGUACAACUAAAUCAGACCAAUUCCGAAGAUUUGACCCGACUCGAAACUAUAAUUUAUUGACGCGGACUACAUACUCAAUUCCCGUUAGAACAACACCACCGUUUGAAUUUUCCGUGGCCAAUGACAUCGAAGUUGAUAUUGAAUCCACGACUGAACGAAAAUUUUAUGAUGGUGUCAGAAGAAAAGAAGACGGAGCAAAGAAGGACGCUGAAAAAGAUUCUGAUUCUUUAUACAACAUGAUGUUUUAUAAUGAUGAUGAUAGUGACAAUACAAAAUCUAAAAAGGAAGAUCAAGAAUUAAGUGACAACUAUUAUGAAAAAAAGGGUGUUCACGAGGAGGCUCUAGAAAAAGAUUCUGCUGAUGCUAAGGAAAUGGAUAUGGAGUACCCUGACAAUAGAAAUGGCAGUUUAAUAAAAGAGUUGCGUAUAUACCAAGAACAGAUUGGUUCUGAUAACAUCACGUUCAAGAUGCCAGCUAAAGGUGUAAUAGGUAUUCCCGGUAUAGAAGAAGUAACAAGUAAAGGAAUGAAAGAUACACUGCGAGACAAACGUCGCCCGAUUUGCAGUUUACUUAAAGUUAGGCAACUGAAUUUUAAUUCACCGCGAACUUUAGCAGAGAUAACGAAUCAAUUGAAACACUGGGCAGAUGAGAGUCCAGUGGCCAAGAGGGUGGACAUAACGCAUGGAAAUUUCACGACCAUGGAGAAUCCUAUUUAUAUGAUGAUAGUAGAUGACCCAGCUAGCGGUCAGAUUGUUUCUGCAAAACAAACUGUCAUGAUUGUCGCAGGUAUGCAAGGACGAGACCACCAUGCCGUGGCCGCCGCCAUGUAUGUGUUGUAUCAGCUCGUGGAACGUAGCGAAGCACACGUGGAAUUGCUGACGAAGUAUCGCUUCUGGAUUAUACCAGUAUUCAACCCAGAUGGAUACGACUACUCUAUGACAUUCCCACACAGACGAGAAUGGUCAAAGAAUUUGCGUCAAUUGUGGGACACGUGUAAGGGACGUGACUAUUGCAGUUCGUGCGAGACUCACGGAAUACGAUGCACUAUUCAGCCGUGCUACGGUGUCAAUCUCGACAGAAACUUUGAAUACCAAUGGAUUCCUGCGGAUGAAUUACGAGCCGAGCAUCCAUGCGGUGGACUGUACGCAGGGCCUCGCCAGCUGAGCGAAGCGGAGACCCGUGCACUUACACUCUUCAUGCACGAACAACGCACACCACUCUACACAUUCAUUGCAUUCAAAGAAGGCAGUAUACUAGGGGUCAUGUAUCCAUAUUCACACACGAGGAAAAAACGUGCUUACGAUCAAAUAUACAGACAAAGAGCUACAAGAGCUGCCUCCGCUGCGUUCAGUAUCAGCAACCGACCGUACGUGGCUGGACAGACAUCAGAGUUCCUACCACUAUACGCUGGUGGUAUAGAAGACUGGGUGGAUGGCCACCUGGGUAUCGAUAAUACAUACUCUAUUAUGAUGUUUCGACCAACGGAUUUGUACAAUUCUAAACUUAUUACAGAGCGUGUUGUGCACGAAGCGUUUGCAGCCAUGGACACUCUGCUCUUGCAAAGUAUGAUGCCCACGCUUCCCCGGCCGGUCACAUUGGCACGUCAACAUGUCCACAGUUCCUCCUCGUUUACAAGUCCAAUAUGUUUAAUCACAUUAAUACCUAUAAUUGUACUACUUAAUAGCUAAAACUAUCAUCCUUUGUGGUAACAAUAACAUGUAUUAUAUGGUUAGAAUCACAGUAUCUAAUAUCGAAUGAAACCUUUCAAACGUUGAGUUUAGAAAGUGUUGUAUUUUACGAUUCCUGAGAGGAAGACCAAUCGAAAUAAUGACGGGUCGUCUUUUUCGCGAUAACUUUGUAAGUCAGUAAUAUUAUCACGUAACUUCGGAGUGCGUCAAUGUGUAACGGAUGGUUUGAAUAAUUAUGUUUUAAUUUUAUAAAACAGCUUAUGUACAUUAAAAUAUAUUAAAAUAAAUGAGUUUUCUUUGAGAUCUUACAACA